AUGGGUGGCAAAAGGCAAAAACAUGCCGUGAGCAGAAGAAGAGGAGAAUACAAUGUGUUUGAAAAAGUAGUGAAGUUGCAUAGUGGCGCAUAUGCCCUGGAUCUUGGCAAAGUGACCAUCAUAUUAAAAUCCAGAACCAGAGCUGGAGAAUUCUUUAAUGUGCUGACCAGAGCAAGGCGUGUUUACGAACUGGAUACCACAUUCGACUGGAAUUGGACCAAAGCUGACGUUGAAGCAUUUGAGAAAGCACUAAAGAAAUCAAGUGUAUUGAUCCCUCCAUUUGAACUCGAAGAGUUUCAAAGGAAGAACCAUUAG